AUGUGGAACUGUGGUCUUCAGAUGGUUGCCCUUAACUAUCAAACUCCCGAUAAAGCGAUGCAAUUAAAUGAAGCCAUGUUUAUGCAAAACGGCAAAAGUGGUUAUGUUUUGAAACCUCAAUACAUGUUUGACGAUACCUAUAAUCCUUAUGAAAAGCCAUCAGAAAUUCACAAUUUUAAUCCACUUGUUCUGACAGUUAGGGUAAUCGGUGCCAGACAUCUGAAGAAAGCUCUCAAAGGUAUAGUCAGCCCUUCCAUUGAAAUAGAGAUGAUUGGAGUGGAAGUUUACCCGAAAGGAUCUCGUCUGGACUCUUCAAACUACGAUCCCAUCCGGAUGUGGAACUGUGGUCUUCAGAUGGUUGCCCUUAACUAUCAAACUCCCGAUAAGGCGAUGCAAUUAAAUGAGGCCAUGUUUAUGCAAAACGGCAAAAGUGGUUAUGUUUUGAAACCUCAAUACAUGUUUGACGAUACCUAUAAUCCUUAUGAAAAGCCAUCAGAAAUUCACAAUUUUAAUCCACUUGUACUGACAGUUAGGGUAAUCGGUGCCAGACAUCUGAAGAAAGCUCUCAAAGGUAUAGUCAGCCCUUCCAUUGAAAUAGAGAUGAUUGGAGUGGAGUAUGACUGCAGAAAGUGUUUGACUCGAGUGGUCCAUGACAACGGCCUGAACCCUGUCUGGUCGAGAGAGACAUUUGUCUUCAAUAUAGUUUGUCCUGAAUUGGCAUUAAUCCGGUUUUUGGUCAGUCAUUUGGAUACCUUCGAUGACUCCAGUUUUGUGGGCCACUCCACAAUUCCUGUCACUUGUUUGAGAUCAGGCUAUCGAAGCGUUCAAUUGAAGAAUGAGUUCAGCGAAGAACUUGAUUUAUCGACACUUCUUAUAUAUAUGGAUAUUAAAAGAGCUAAGGAUACUAUCAUUAAAACUUCAGUAGGAAUGUUAAAAUAUGUUUACGAAAACUUAUGCAAAAUGAUAGUCGACUCAAAAACGUGCGGAAAUGAAGAGGAGGUGAAGCGAUUUGAAAGUCUUCGCGAGAAAGUGACAGAAAAACUUAAGAAUAAGACAGAAGAGACUCGUUUCGUUAAUCUAGAGCUCAAUAAUAGGAAUGAAAUGAAAAUAAUUAAUGAGCUCUCGAUUUGUAAAAUGAAGAAAUGAAUCAUGAAUUCAAUCAUAUUUGAGACUUUAAAGAAAUUGGUG